AUGGAUCCAACUGCAUCUACGGCGACCAGGCAAAAGUUUUACGACGGGCUGCUCCGCAUCCCGACGGUACUGCUCCACAGCAGAGGCCUCGACGUCACGCAGCAUCGGAGUCGCAGCAGGGACGCGGCUGGCGAGAACCUCCGACCUGAUGUCAUUGUGCACCUUCAAGGGUUAGUGGUGCUGCGUGGUGAAGAGGCAGACACCCGCGUCUGGUUGGGCACCCCACGCGCGCGGCUCGCGACGAAAAUGCGUGAAUGGAGCCGCAUGUUCUACGGCGACCUUCCCUACACACUGGGCUACGUCACGAGUGGCGACUGGCUCGGUAUUGUGGUGGUUGGUGAGGACCUCUACGCGGGGCUGGUGCUACAAAUUCGCUCGAUCCGGCGGCUGGUGGCAGAUGCCAUCAAGGUGUUCUACAACUUGCCGUUCCUGCUCGAGCGGAUGAUCACCGUGUCCAAGUUCCGCCGACUGACACAACUUACACCGUACACGCCCGUCGAGGGCGAGAAAUGCACCAUCGAGCUGGUGGACGGCGCAAUUGAGCGCACGAUCGAGCGGCGACAGUGUGAGGACGACGAAGCGUUCGAGAGACUGGUGUGCAUAUACAAGACUCUGCAAGAUCUGGGUAACAGCAACGACACUGAGAGAACGCACCUUCAGACUGUGGAGUCGCUGGAGCUACACACUGAGUACAAGCUCGUAGUUCGACUGACACCGUUAGGCUCGUGUCGAGAGCCUGUAGACGUCAAGGGAGUGCGUGAGUGGGUGACAGGGAUGCUGACUGCGCUGAGCUUCUGGCAUGGGUGCAACUACUGCCACGGCGACGUGUGCUGGAGGAACAUUGUGCACGUUCCGGAUGGCACCAAUUCCGGACGCUGGGUGCUCAUUGACAUGGACGAAUCCCGUCGGCCGGAGACGACGACCAUCGAAUGGAACCACCCAUGCGAAGGAGAGCAGCUGACGUUCCGACACGACCUGCUCCAACUAGGAAAACUGUUCAAGCAACUUCACCCCACGAUCAAGUUACCGAGAGACCUGUUAGCUAUCCGUGAUAAACUGCUCGGAGCUAUGGAGGAUCCAUCAGUGCGUGCUCAAACUGUAGCGGUCAUGCUAAAGGAAGAAUAG